AUGUGGACUCAUGUAUGCCUGCAACUCUUGGUGAUCGUUGUUCGUGGACAGCAAUAUCAGAGACUCGACUACAUCGAUCAGUUCUCCAGGUCACUACAAGAGUCGGAUACCAAUGCCUAUGAUUUGGAACGCAUUGUUCGGACGAACUUUCCGUUCCAUAAGACUUUUUGCGCGGGAGAAGCCCUCAAGGAAUUUUUACCAGCCUGCCUUGAGAAUGGGAUCGAGACUGUCGAUCCAAAAUUGAAAGUUCGAGCUGCGGUGAGUCUAUCAUUUUGCGAAUUCCAAGAAUCGGGCCUCGAAGUCAGGCCAAAACACUGCUCUGACCUGAAAUUUGGCGAUAUCAACAUGUGUGUGGAGGAGUUGCGGAGCUCCCCACAAUGGUGGACGACCUACAGUGGAUAUUAUCAGCGUUUACCAACUUUAUGCUACGAACAGUCUUUGCCUUACGAGAAAGAUCAAAUGCUUGGUCUUUUCCUCAACAUAACCAAGGUCUAUUCAAGCUUUAGUGAAUCUCUAGAUGCUGAACUUACGAGAAAGUUUGCAGGUUUAGAGAAUAGAACGGACAAAAUGAUGGAGACAUUCGAAGAAGCUCUACAAAGUCAAAUAUAUGAUAUGAACAAGCUUUACGCCGAUAAACUCAGGUCUUUUACUGACGUUUUCGACCAGGUUCGGGAAGAGGCUGUCAAGGAUUUGACGGGCAGCUUAGUGACUGUGCGUAACGAACUUGUUAACGCAGAUACUGAUUUGUGGCUUGAACUUAGAAGCCUUAAAGAGUGUCUGGAAAGUGUGAACGUUGAGCUUGAAGAUCGCGAUUACGCCCGACAAAUCAGAACGCUCAAAAAUGAAAGCCUCGAAUUAUCGAAAGAAGCCACCGAACGAGGACUUUUGCAAUUGAAAUCAAUGAACGAGGCGCUUGAAAAAGUAGGCACUGAAUCGACGCAGCAAAUAUCAGAAGUGAAUUCAAACAUAGCAGAUUCUUACGUCGAUGUCCUCAUGGCUUUUCAAGAUUUCAGAGACGUUAUUCGAAACUCUAUGAUUCCUCUAAUCCAAGAUGAAAUGCACCCUCAUCUCGAUGAAUUUAACCAAAAAUUGCUAAGCAACUUGCAAGAGAUUGAUGCCGCGAUGGAAAUUCAAACAGAGACUUGGAGCGAUAAUCUGCACAACACUUUCGAAAAGGUGAGCACCGGACUUAAUCAAACCGCAGCAACUGUCCAGCAAUUGGAAAUUGAUAUCAAAACAGCCAAUAGGGAACUGGGUUUGUUUAUAACUACCCUUCAGAUGCUUCAAAGUAUUGUGCGUGACACCCUUUCUCGUGCUUACUAUCUUGUGACUCUCGUCCCAGUAGCAGCCCGUCCUUUCAUCAUCAUGUAUCUGGUUAAGGUACUAUCGGCGAUUGGCAAUAUCACACCAAACAUUUACCAAGCAGUGGCAUACCUACCUCCGUAUCUGGGAGAGUCCAUUAUACUUCUUGGAGCUCUUGUGGGAGGUUCUUACCUCGGCUUCUACACGAUGGUGUAA